CUUUUGUUCAAGACUCGACCUGCGGCGUGGCCAGCGAUCCAUAGACAGUUGAUGGAUUUGCUCAAGAUAGAUGAGCGAGAGUGAGAUGUCCCGCUAAGACCCAGAUGUUCUGUAGCUCGAUCCGCCAGAAUGGAGGAUGUAGAAUGCUUUAAUCCACGUGAUAAUCGUAUCUACCUCCCUUUAAAUAGCCCGGUCCCCCCCGAAAGGAAGAAAGAUCAGUGUGUACCUCGACUAGGAUGAGAAUGCGCGGUCAGGCCAUCUCACUCCGCACCAUCCGGCCUACUACUGGCAAAUCUCGCGUGGCAGAGGAAGUCGAGUCCCAGAUCCAGAUUGAGCGCAGCACUGUCAGCUUCUUCUCCAUUUACCGAUAUGCCAACACAUCGCAGAUAUGGAUGCUGUUGCUAUCGGCGUGUUGUUCGGUGGCUGCGGGCGCAGCAAUGCCUCUCGUGACAAUCGUGUUUGGGGCAUUAGUUAAUGAAUUCAUCAACGGAGAGGAACAUGCUCCACAUGAGAUUCGGGAUAGGGUUCAGCAUCUCACGCUCUUCUUGGUAUAUAUCGCAAUCGGGUCAUUGGUCACCACCGCCAUGAGCACCUUGGGCUUUAAUGUUAUCGGAGAGCAGAUUACCCGCCAUCUGCAGCAGGAAUAUCUCUCUUCGGUCCUGCAGCAGGAUAUGGCUUAUUUUGAUGUAAUUGGAACUGGCGAACUCACCUCCCACAUAGAUCAGGACAUGAAAUUGAUUCAGACUGGCAUCUCCCAGAAAGUGAGCGACCUUCUUUCCGGUCUGUCCGGCUUCGUGGUUGCCAUUACUUGCGCAUUCGUACGGAACUGGCGCUUUGCAGGCAUCAUGAUUUCUGAGCCGAUCACCCUGAUUCUACUUGUGGGGGUGAUGGGGUGUUGGCUAAGCGUGAUGCAGCAAGCGGACUUGGCUGAAGGUGUGAGAGCCGACAAUUUAGCCCAGGAAGUGCUCAGUGCAAUGAGAAGCGUGAUUGCCUAUCGAAGCCAGGAAAGGUACGCCAAGAAGUACCAAGAGGCAUUGCGGCGCCCAGCAGCCCUGAAUUUCCGGGAGCGAUUGAUUUUUGGGGUUAUUGUUGCGGGAUCUUUCAUGACAUUGCACUGGGGAAAUGGGUUAGGAUUCUGGCAGGCAGAUCACCUCAUCCGCCAAGGGCGUUGUACCAUUCCAGAGGCUUUGGCAAUUCUGUAUGCAAUGGCCGUUGCAGGUGGCAUGUUAUGCCAAGCGUUGCCAUCAAUUGUCAACAUCACCCAGGCCAAAGCCGCAGCUAGUCGGGUGUUUCCAGUCAUUGAGCGGGAUUCGCCAAUAAACCCGUUGGUGAGUGUUGGGAAGACAUGCAAUCAGGUCCGAGGAGAGAUCCGGUUGGAAGACAUAGACUUUUCGUAUCCUUCACGGCCGGAACGGACUGUAUUGAAGGGGGUCACUUUCGAUGUGCCUGCUGGCCACACAGUAGCCUUGGUGGGACCAUCAGGAUCCGGAAAGUCAACAGUGUUUGCCCUUUUAGAGCGAUUAUACCAGCCACUGGGUGGCCGUAUCACGCUGGAUGGUGAAUCGAUCGAUGAGAUGAAUGUCUCGUGGUUGAGAUCCCAGAUUGGGUAUGUCGGCCAAGACGUCACUUUGUUCCGUGCAUCAGUGCAUGACAAUAUUGCGUAUGGACUUCCCAGAGCUGCCGCAGAGAAAAUGGACGCAUCUGAGGUCCGAAGACUCGUGAUUCAAGCUGCCGAGACUGCCCAGAUACACUCUCUCAUUGGCAAUCUGCCCCAAGGUUACGACACCUUUAUAGGAGCAAACGGAUCGAGUCUUUCUGGGGGUCAGAGGCAACGGCUUGCCAUCGCCCGUGCAAUCAUUUCUCAACCAGCGAUUCUACUGCUAGAUGAGGCCACAGCUGCACUGGAUAGUCAGUAUGAAAAGGAGGUCCAGGAGGCUCUCAGCAAGGCCGCCUCCGAGCGAACCACCAUGAUAAUAGCCCACCGGCUGUCAACAAUUCAAAAUGCUGAUAUUAUUGUUGUCAUGAAGGACGGCCAGGUUGUGGAUCAAGGUUCUCACUCAGAAUUAAUGGCCACGUCCACCAUGUACCAAGAACUAGUGAGACAGCAAGCACUCCGGCCAUUUCACCGAUCAGAGGACUGUCUUACUAGCCAGUCACCAAACCUAGCUUGCGACCAUAAAGAGCAUCCCAGGGGCCUCUCAGUCAAUGCCAAUGCCCUAGACAUGCCGGAAGAUGCUCCAUUGCCAGCACUGUCACAAAGCAACAGCAUCAAGCACGUUUGGCAACUUAAUAAGCCAGAGUUGACCUACACUAUCGCAGGCGUCCUUUUCAGCGUUUUGGCUGGAAUGACAUAUCCAAUACAAGCAGUCUUCUUCGGCAAUGGAAUCAUGUCCAUAAUUAACCCUAGUCUGAGCACUGGUGGACACAACGUUCGCUUUUGGGCCCUGAUGUAUCUUGCUCACGGUAUCGCCGUGUUUGUGGUCUAUUGCAUACGAGGAUACUGUUUUGCUGUGUCUGCAUCUCAGUUAUGUCUCCGAGCUCGUUCAUGUUUGUUCAAAUCUUUGACUCUGAAGGACCUCGCCUUUUUUGAAGACAAAGAUCACUCGACGGGGGCUUUGGUCAGCUUUCUUUCAUCAGGAAUCCCGAGAAUCACCGGUGUCUCGGGAACAUCACUUGGACUCGUGGCCGAAAGUCUAGUAAUGCUUGCGACGGGAAUUAUAGUUGGAUGCAUUUUUGGAUGGAAACUUGGUCUUGCCGCGACCGCAACGGUUCCAGUGAUAGCUGUCUCCACAUUUCUGCAGUAUUAUAUUGUGGCAAAGGUGCGGAAAUACGUCAGGCGCGACACCAAUGCUGUGGCCAUUGCACAUGAGGCUUUUUCUGCCGUCAGGACCGUGACUGUCCUAGGUUUGCAGAGGACCAUCAACGAAUCCUUUCAAAGGGAAAGCCAUCGAGACAGCCAGCGCGGGUAUUGGGUCAUGUGUGCCACCAUAUAUGCAUGUACCACGUCCCUCCGUAUAGCAAGCAUUGCUUUUGUGUUCUGGUACGGGGGCACCCAUCUCAUCGCAACUGUGGAGUACAACGUCCAGCAGUUCUUCAUUUGCUUUGCAGCAACGGUGUGGGGGUCUCAGUCUGCGUCUGCUCUUUUUGCACACGCUCCUGACAUUGCAGGCGCCCAUGCUGCUGCUGCUCGACUGGAGGAGCUAAUGCAAACCAGUAGCGCACAAACCUCCGGCAAGAAGAACACAAUCUCAUAUGCCAAGGUGCCAGGUAUGACAGACGACCUUGCACUAAGACACGUGCAUUUCAGAUAUCCGAGCCAUCCAUCUCGUUUAGCAUUAAACAAUGUUACUUUCAACGCUCCAGCCGGUACCUUUAUUGCUCUUGUCGGGGCCACAGGCAGCGGAAAAAGCUCUGUGAUUAAUCUGGUGGAGCGCUUCUAUGCUGCCGACUCUGGCGAGAUAACGCUUGGAGGUAAGCCCCUUGGGAAGUAUGAUCUGAACAGCUAUCGGGGCUAUCUGGCACUGGUAGACCAGAACCCUUGUCUGGUUGGUGAAGAUCUGCGCGAGUGCCUGCAAAGUGAUGAGCGGGUUAUCUCAGACGAGGAGAUCCUGGCUGCUCUGGAAAGCGUAGGGCUAGCUGAUUUUGUGAUAUCCCUCCCUCAAGGUCUCAGCACCCCAAUCCUAGCGAACGGAUUGACUCUUUCUGGAGGUCAGCGUCAGCGCAUGGCUAUCGUGAAGGCUCUCUUAUGCGGCCCACAAAUCCUUCUGCUUGACGAGGCGACCUCGGCGCUGGACACGGCCUCAGAGAAAUUAGUGCAGGACGCAGUUCAACGCGUAAUGGCAGGCCGAACUAUCAUCGCUGUUGCUCAUCGAUUUAGGGCGAUUGUCGACGCCGAUGAAAUUCUGGUCUUCGAUCGUGGACGGAUUAUCGAGAGAGGGACCCACGAGCAGUUGAUGCAGGUAGGCGGAAAAUAUUGGCAGAUGGCUAUAUUACAGCAAGUGAUGGGGGAAGACUGAACUUGGCCUCCUUCCCAGUGUAGUCGGACCGGAAUAGGAAGGAUGCGGGGAACAACAGGAGACGAAGGACCAAGGACAGCAGCACAUUGAGAAUGUGUACGGAGUACUCCGUAACUACUAAGGUUGUG